CUAUGUGCAGAUGGAAGCUGACAGCUGACAGAGAGAGGGUCUCAGCUGACGAGGGACCUACAGCUUUUUGUUUGAGAGAGUGUGAGUGUGGAGGACAAGCACGGUGGACAAGAUGGACAAGAUGGACACCAGCGACCUCUUCCACCCCAGUCUGGCAGCAGCUGUGAUGAAGCUGGACCCCGAGGACGGAGAGCAGAUUUUGGAUUAUUUCAAAACUCAGGCUCUGUUGACACGAGAAAAAGCACUGCUCCAGGCAUCAGUGAGGGAGCAGAAAAAGCUGCUGGUGGAAAACGCCAAACUGAAGACCGACAUCGAGCAGCUAAAAUUUCAGUUGCAGGAGAAGCAGAGGAGACGCACAGCAAAAGCUCUGCACUUGUCAAAGACCGUUAGUCCUGUCUCCACCACACCUGUCAAUCAACCUGCCGCUCCUGCCGGGGCCACAGCUGCUCCCACUCCUCUAUCGACUGCUCCCGCACCACAGGAGCGCAGAGAGAAGCAAGGCAGGAGGAGACGAGGAGACAGAAAAGCUUGUCAAAUCAUUGAUGCUCUGUCCCUGGAGCCGGCGCCUCGAGUGGAUGCAUCUCGUCUGGACCUGAGGGUGGGGCGGAUCCUCAGUGCCCGGCGUCACCCACUGUCUGAGUCCAUGUCUAUCCAGGAAGUGGAUGUGGGAGAAAAUGCACCGCGAACGGUCGUCAGCAAGCUUGGCACAAAAAUACAGCUGGAGGAGUUACAGGGCAGUCUGGCUGUACUACUGUGUAACCUAAAAGCCUGUAAACUGAAGGGCGUGGUUUCUCAGGGUCGCAUCCUCUGCUGCGCCUCCUCUGAUGACUGCUUAGAACUCCUGGCCCCGCCCACAGGCUCUGCACCUGGUGACAGAGUCACCUUCCUUAACUACCCUGGUGAGCCUGACAGGGAGCUACCGUCCAAGCAGAGGAUCUGGGAACGUCUUCAUGCUGACCUGCAGGUGGACAACAAGGGCGUGGCCAACUAUAAAGGCUGUGGGUUUGAGGUGAAGGGGAAAGGUCUGUGUAGAGCGCCCUCUCUGACCAACUGUACCAUCAGAUAAACAGAGGAGUUUAUCUGUUGAGAUCCGUCGUUAGCGCUAGCUGCUAGAAAAUGAAAAACACAGCAAACUGUUGUCUGUUAAUUAAAAGUGACACAAAAACA